UGUAUUUAAAACCGUUAGAAAACCCCUAAUGGAAUUUAAAAUCUAAAUCUCCUUAGAUUUAAAUUUACAAUUGCCUUGCUUUUGAACAUUGGAUUUACGCACCGUUUCAAAGACUCGAUAAGUCCUAUCAACCGGAUACAGCGUCGCGGAUAGCACCAAUAUAAAAGCCUGCUAAAAUGCCGAACGUCGUACGAGGAACGCUCGAGCGAGACGAAGAACGCCUAGAGAACGACCGGAGUGAUCCUAUACUAAAACAAAUUCGUCGACGAACCGAACCGCAAGGAUUUCAAUCAUGAAUCUAACUCGUGAUGAUAAAACGUCGAUGAUUUAAAUAUGAAUUCAUCUUAUCUUUGGGGCGAAGACGAAGAAUGGGGUCCACGAUACUAUUUCACGUACUACAGCCAAUUCGGUAAUCGACAAGGAGUUAGCGCCAUCGAGGUGGUGAUACUGGCCAUUAGCUUCGUUUUAGCGGUUGGUGCCAACAUGGGAAUAGCCGGCUGUGUGCUCAGGUACAAGGAAAUGAGAACGCCCACGAACUUGUGCUUGGUGAACUUGGCCGCCGCCGAUCUCCUAUUUACCAUUGGUGUACCAGCAAUCGCUUACACUAGAUUGACGCAAUCUUGGCGACUCGGAGAAGUAAUCUGCAGAUUGCUACCCUAUUCCCAGUUCGUCUGCGGCUUCGUGCUUCUAUGGACAUUAACGUUUAUAUCAAUGGACAGACAUCGAUGUUUAGCGAUAGCUCCCUACAGAAGUGCCUUAACGAGGCCCCGAGUACUAGCAGGUAGUCUCGUCACGUGGAUCAUAGCGGCUUUCGUUUUUCUACCGGUCGUAUUUUGGUUUCAGCCGAAGGAUAUCACGGAUGAGUUGUCGAUCUGCACUCUGGUCUUCCCGCGAAGCAAGAUCGUGAACGUCUCGUUAUGUUUCACGGUACCGAUCAUCGUCCUCGCUUGUCUUCUACCUAUGGCUCUUCUGGUCUAUCAUUACCAACGAAUCUUUCAGAAGAUACUGGACUCGCGGAGCAGAUGGGCUGUUCCGUGCGUUGCACAAGGGUUGGAGAGCAACGCAACAGGUAGAAGAGACUCGGAGCUAUCGGUGGUAGGAACGUUGCUACCCUGGGCAGGAAGGAAGUUGUCAGCAGUGUCGGCCACGGGUCGCCAAGGACGUACGGGUAGUCUUUCUCAACAUGAAGAGAUACGACUGCACAAGCAUCUUCGAGUCGUACGAAUCUUACUGUUAAACGUAGUGGCCGUCCUCGUGAUGUGGCUUCCGAUUACCACGGUGAUGCUCUUAAUUUACGUUGACGGUAGAAGGCCUACCGAGGACACGAAUUUUUUCUUGAGGUCGCAUCAUUUCGUUUGGACUCUGAUCGUCGCACAAUUGAAUACCGUAGUCAAUCCUUUACUCUAUGGUGUUUUCUCUGAAAAUUUCCGAGUCUGUUUCGCAAAGCUCUGGGGACGCGAUAGCAAUGCCAGAAGCAUCGAACGUGGAGGAUCGAAGAAAACCCCUAAGUCCUUGGAAGCAUUUCAGAGUCGAUUGGGUGGCACCAGAACACCUAGCAGCUCGAGAAAUCAACAAAAGCAAGCGAAGAAAAGCUCCAGUUGCAGCAUAGGUAGCAUCGUCGAAGUACCCGGUUCUGAAAGAUUAUAAAAUAUAUGGAGAUAUCGAUCGAUCGAUGCAUGGAAGGAAAGGUCCUUCCAAGGAUUCGCGUCAACUAAACUGACAUUCAUUUUGUUUAAAUUAUUUUAAUUUACAACUGUACAUGUAAUUAAAUAAUAGAAAAUGAUAUAAAAUAUAGUACAAAAUUUUAUAAGAAUGUAUUUAACAGAAGUAAAAUUCGUUUUUAAUAAAA